AUGGUAAAUGAAAUAGGUAUAAACAGUUUAGAGACUACAAAAUCUUUACUAGGUAUUGCUGGUGUUGCUGGUGAAGACAAAGAAACUAUCAAGCCUUAUGCUACGCUUAUCGCUGCUGCAACAUCAAUAAUCAAUGAAACUAUCCAAAUAUAUGAAAAUGCCGAAUACAAUAAAAAAAUAUGCAAUGCAUUGAUGGAUCGUGUUCAGAUAGCUAAUGGAGUAAUAAAAACCUUAAACAGAAGAAAACAAGAAAAUGAAAAAAAUUUUCGAAACGAAUUAUAUUAUAAAAAUUUCGUUAGAUUUGUCGAUAUUUUAGGAAGGAUAAAAGAUUUUAUAAAAGAUGUAUCACAACUUCAAGGAUAUAAAAAAUAUCUGCUUGCUAAUUCAAUUAAAGAUAAGUUUAAUAAUUUAACCAAUGAUUUUGAAUCUGUCAUGAAAGAUUUAAAUUUUACUAUGUCUGAGGAACAAAAGGCGAUAGAUAGGGAGGCGCUAGAAGAAGGCAUUCAAGAAUUAAAAAAACAAAUGGAGGAAAAAGAAAAACAAGGAGAAGAAAGAAGGAUUAUAUCUUCACUUAUUCCUACAGAAAGAUUAUUUAUUAUUCGGAGCAACAUUAAGCAAUUCUUAAAGAAAUGA